AUGGACAUGGACGCGUACCGGUUCCGCGUGCCCAAGCCAAAUUACCUCCCUCACAAGCUUGACGUGGACCGCAAUGACUCUAUUGUCGAGCGGUACGAUGCGCCGCUUAGUCUGGCGGGCGAGCUGGACAACGCCAAAUUCUUUAACAAGUGCAAGCGCAUGGCCGAGGAGUCCGGCAUCAUCCGGCCAAAGGGCUACAACGUCUCAUUUCACUGCAACCCCGAGAUGGAAAAGCACCACUUCGGCGUUACACACCCUAUGAAGCCGUGGCGCCUCACCCUCUCCAAGAGCCUCAUCUACUCGUACGGCAUGUCGUUCGCAAUGGACAACUAUGUCUCGCGCGCUGCCACCUACGAAGAGCUCGCCGACUUUCACUCCACCGACUACCUCGACUUCCUCGGCACCGUGCUGCCCGAACCCGUCCCGCGCGACGUGGAGAAUCAGAAUCCGGACCUCAAGUUCAACCUCGGAGGUAGCGACUGCCCUUUAUUCGAGGGUCUGUACGAUUAUUGCUCCAUGUCAGCCGGCAGCGCACUGGAUGCGGCCCGCAAGAUUUGCGCGAACCAGUCAGAUAUUGCAAUCGCUUGGGGAGGCGGCCUGCAUCACGCCAAGAAGGCGGAGGCGUCGGGCUUUUGCUACAUCAACGACAUUGUCAUCGCCAUUCUUGAGCUGCUGCGCCACUAUCCUCGAGUCCUAUACAUCGAUAUCGACGUGCACCACGGCGAUGGCGUGGAGGAGGCCUUUUUCUCAACAGACCGUGUCAUGACGGUUUCGUUCCAUAAAUACGACCCAAACAACUUCUUCCCCGGAACUGGGGCCCUCGAUGACAACGGCCCGAAGAACGAGCAGAACCCGGGAGCUCACCACGCGGUCAACGUCCCGCUCAACGAUGGCAUCACCGACGAGCAGUACGACAUGCUCUUCAACACCAUCAUCAGCCGCAUAGUGGAGAAGUUUCGACCCAGUGCAAUUGCUCUCCAGUGUGGUGCCGACUCCCUGGCCGGCGACCGUCUCGGGCGCUUCAACCUCCAAGUCCAGGGCCACGGCGCGUGUGUAGAGUUUUGCAAGCGCAUGAACCUGCCCCUCAUCCUCUUCGGCGGCGGCGGCUACACGCCUAGAAACGUUGCCCGCGCCUGGACGUACGAGACUAGUAUCGCCAUCGGCUGCCAGGACAAGAUCAGCGACGUGCUGCCCCAGCACACGCCGUGGCGCGACCAGUUCCGGCAGGAAACCCUCUUUCCCACGCUUGAGCAGAUCCUCGGCGAGCCCCGGCAGAACAAGAACCCGCCCAAGCGGCUGCAGGACAUCGUGAACCACGUCAGCGAGCAGCUGCGCUUCGUCCAGGCCGCCCCCAGCGUCCAGAUGCAGGCCAUACCACCGGAUCUCGGGGCGAUCAGGCAGGAUGUGGAGGAGAGGAUCAAGGAAGAGGCAGCCGAAAGGCACGAUGAGCUGCGGCGGGUCAAGGAGGCCGGGGUCGCCACCCCUAUGGAGUUUUAA